GGACAUGGAAUCAGCUGUUGGUGUGGAGGAAAGGGGAAGGCAGUAAAUGCAGAGGAGAAUGUGGAGGACGUGGAGGAGGAGGAGGAGAAGGAGGAGGAGGAGGACAGGAGAUUCUCGCGUCAGCGGUGUUUAGUUUGACAAUGUGA